CGCGCCCUCCUACGCCAAGGAUCAUGACGUCACGAGGCGCGCAAGCAGCGGUAGCGGCGUCCGCCUGUUGCUUGCACAAGCCUGCCUGUUAGUUAACCCGCUGCAAGCAUGCUGAAGCCUGAAAGGGAAUUGCUAUACCUUUUUAAGUUCCAAGCAGGAAAAGCCCACAGACUAAGCGGUGAAGAGAGAGAACAGCUGCUGCCAAAUCUCAGAGCUGUAGGAUGGAAUGAGGUGGAAGGUAGAGAUGCCAUUUACAAAGAGUUCCACUUCAAGGACUUCAAUCGGGCCUUUGGAUUUAUGACCAGAGUCGCGCUGCAGGCAGAAAAAUUGGACCACCACCCUGAAUGGUUCAAUGUCUACAACAAGGUUCACAUAACCUUAAGCACCCAUGAGUGUGCAGGCUUAUCGGAGCGGGAUAUCAACUUGGCCAGUUUCAUAGAGCAAGUUGCAAAUACGCUAGCUUAAAAUCAGCCCCCCUGCCAUGUAUAGCCUUCUGUCAGCAAAGCCAGUUCCCAGGCAGAAGAAAUUGUGAGCUGUUCAUCCAGUUUCUGAUAGAGCCUGUGUAGCCUUCAUAUUAAUCUACUUGUACGAUAGCCACACAAGUAUGGGAACCGAUACUCUGCCACUUUUUAUUCAAGUUAUUGCAUUCUUUUCUUUUGUCCAAAGCUGUGUUGUGGCAACUUAAUAGUAUCUCAGAAUCCAGUGUUGUUACUCUGUAGUCUUUGUUCAGGCAGUAUUAUACAGUACCAGCACAGUAAAAGAUUACCUGUGAUACAGUUAAUUAUAGCAAACCUGGCUUGUGGCUUAGGUGAAAGCAGUUUACAAUAAACUUCUCAUUGGUAUUCUUA